UAAAUGGAGUAAUUAGGUAAAAUUGUGAUUUCUUUUAUUAUGUGUAUAACUUUUAAGAUGGAACACUAUGAAGGUGAGCUGGAGGGCUUCUUUGUUGGAAAAGCACUGAUUGCCAAGAUUUUGUGCGUGUGUGUGUGCGCGCGCGCGUGUGUGUACGUACACCAAUGAGAUCUCAGUCUCUGUCUCUAUUUCUUGAUCGAUCUAUGUCUAUCACUAAUUUUGAAGUUAUAGGAUCAGGGUUUGAAGCCUUGUGGACCCUUGGCCAGAUUUCACUAAUUUUGAAGUUAUAGGAUCAGGGUUUGAAGCCUUGUGGACCCUCUGGCCAAAUGGCCAGAAACAUUUGUUUCUUCAAAGAUCCAGUGAAAUAAACAGAGAUAGAGUCAGAAAAGAUACAAUAUAAACCAAGAAAGUGCAGUGUCAGAAAAACUGACAGAGAGAAGAUGCAUUUAGUACAAGAUAUCCUGUGGUAAGAUUCUGGGGAUGCCACCUGAGCCUCUGACUCCUGGGAUUGGUUAAAACACAUCCUUCUGCUCUUCCAACUCUAGUCUAUAAAAUAGGAGAUUUGGAUUAGGUGAUUUUUUUUUUAGGGCACUAUAUCAGUGGGCUGGUCUAGCUCUAAAGCCUAUGAUUCCGAAAAUAAGUGCAGAGCUGAAGUGUUGAAUUGGAGUCUUCUGUUUAAAUAGUAAAAGAGCAAUAGUUCAGAGCUAGGGGAAUGGAUGAGUUCUGUAGAAGACAUGUGGAGAACAUUUUGGGAAGAAGAAAAAGGGAGAUUUUUCCUCCCUAUUUUUCAUUGGGAAAUGGCAACAAGAUAACGCCAAUAAAACAUUUGUUUCUUCAAAGAUCCAGUGAAAUAAACAGAGAUAGAGUCAGAAAAGAUACAAUGUAAACCAAGAAAGUGCAGUGUCAGAAAAACCGACAGAGAGAAGAUGCAUUUAGUACAAGAUAUCCUGUGGUAAGAUUCUGGGGAUGCCACCUGAGCCUCUGACUCCUGGGAUUGGUUAAAACACAUCCUUCUGCUCUUCCAGCUCUAGCCCUAUUUCCUCAUUUGAUGAAAUCUUGGCUUCUUUAAGCUCCUGAGAGGAGCUAAACUAUUGGGUUCUGGAUUGGAGGCCUCUCAUUCCCAGCAGCAGCCAAUUUUCCUGAGUCAGCAUGAUAGGAACCAGAAUUCUGUCAUAAAACCUUUUUGUUCAUAGAAUUACUGUCAGGAAGCUGUGUUUCUUGAUAUCUAAAUCCAAACUGGGCAUCAGUAAGAAUAAGGAGUGACAUGGUUUAGGGAAUCCCUCUUUAACAAUUCCAUUCAAUUCAAAAAACAUUUGUUACCAUUACUGUGUACUAUACAAGAACUAGGUGCUAUAGAACGUAUAGAUCACAGAAUUUUGGUCUGGAUGGGACCUUAAGGAUCAUCUACUCCAUCUUUCUCAUUUUGCAAAGGACAGAACUGAACCUCAGAGAGGCAGAAAGGAAAGGAAGUUGCUGGAUGAAUCUUGGUUUUAAAAUCAGCUUUAUGCCAGUUUCCAAUCUCAACUGGACUAUUGGACCUUCAUGGGACAGAACUGAACUUCAAAGAGGCAGGAAGGAAAGGAAAUUUCCAGGCCAGGAUUGAGGGCAGUGGGGAAUCACACACCCAGAUGUGACCCUUCUCAGAGGGCAGGAUGGUGCUGGACUCGGGGACCCAGGCCUAUGAGCAGGCACCCCCUUCCCUUUCUGUCAGCCCCCCCACUGUUUCUGGUGUGAGAAAGAUCUCAAACCAGAAUGGGCCACAGCUGUACCCCUCUCUCCAGCCAUCAAUGUCAGCCCCCAGCUCCCGGAAACCCUCCCCAGUCGUCCCAGUACAUCCUAGAACCUCUGUGUCCCAACCAUCAGGCUUGGCUUCUUCCCGUCCCAAGGUCUCAAGUCCGAAGUCUGAAAUAAGGCGACUGUCCUCAGCCUCACUGGGUCGCGGUCGGAUUCGGCGCAGUGAGAGCUCCUGCUCGAUCCGAGGGUCCAGUGGAAAGGGGCGGCUCCGGCCUGCCUCCUCUCUGCCCCACAUUGCCAAAAGCAAGGUGGAGGAAAGCCGGGCAGCUGGCAAGAGCCCCUGCCUACUGGUGGCCUUAAGACCCAACAACUUGGAGCAAGAGCGAGACCGGUUCUUUCAAUCAAGGUAUACCUACAACCCGCAGUUUGAGUACGAGGAGCCAGUUCCUGCUGCUGUGCUGGAAAAGUACAAUGAGGCCUCGGACAAGUUCAUCCCCCAGGCGGUGAGAAUCAUUGAAGCGGUCUUGGAGAAGUAUGGCUCCUACGAGCAAUUCGAGGCCAUCACGGGAGGCCAGCUGCUGACUAAGUGCCAGAUCUGGUCCAUUGUGCGCAAGUACAUGCAGAAGGAAGGCUGCUCUGGAGAGGUGGUGGUACAGCUGAGUGAGGACCUGCUGUCCCAAGCCGUGAUGAUGGUGGAGAACAGCCGGCCCACCCUGGCCAUCAACCUGACUGGGGCCCGCCAGUACUGGCUGGAGGGGAUGUUGCGGCAUGAGAUAGGCACCCAUUACCUUCGCUUUGUCAACAACACUCAGCAGCCCUGGAACACCUCCGACGGCCGGCGGCAGUACGGGCUCCGGCCUGCCAACCCCACCGAGGAGGGGCUGGCCAGCCUGCACAGUGUGCUUUUCCGGAAACAGCCCUUCCUGUGGCGGGCAGCCCUGCUGUACUACACCAUCCAGCGGGCAGCCCUCAUGUCCUUCCGCCAGCUCUUCCAGGACCUCGCCCAGUACGUGCAGGACACCUCGGUGCGCUGGGAGUACUGCGUGCGGGCCAAGCGGGGCCAGACGGACACGUCCAAGCCUGGAUGCUUCAGUAAGGACCAGGUGUACUUAGACGGGAUCCUACGCAUUCUGCGGCAUCGGCAGAAGAUUGAUUUCCAUAUGCUGACUGCUUUGGGCAAGGUCUCCUACGAAGAUGUAAAUCAGCUUCGGCCCCAUGGAAAGCUGGAAAAGACACGUAUUCCUCACUUCAUGCAGGAUUUGACUCGCUACCACCAGCAGCUGGAGCACAUCAUCACCACCAACCGCUUGGACGACGCCCAGCUGGAUAUCCUGUUGCCAGACUGAAGGGCUGAGGGUCGGGGUUCAGGGGUUGUUGGGGGGGCUGGUCAGCUGGCUGGCCAGGGAUCAGGGGGGGAAAGAUCCCGAGUCAGCUCCAUCGGCAGUGAGCAGCAGCAUGGUCAACAUUUCCAUGCUCUGUAUAUUGGGGAGUUUGGGGAAUGGGCUGCUUAAUAUAUAUUCUACAGCCCCCUCUGGUAGGGGACUGUGAAAUCUGUCUUUAAAUCCAGAACAGAGGGGAAUUCCUCUUAGAAGGCCAGAAAAUAGAUACUAAGGCUGCCCUGUCCACAUAGAAUGAAGAGAUCCCAGCAGGGAUGAAAAGGGGGAACUAGACUUGGUUUGGCUUGGUGGGGAGGAGGAAGGGAGCUGACUCUGUGAGCGCACCAGCCCUGUGGGGAGAGAGAAUGAGUGGCGGUGGGCAGGGAGGGGCUGUCUCCUUGUGCAUGAGAUUCUGGAGCUCACAGCUAGCCCCUCAUCUUCAAUCCUGUGCUUCUCCCUCCCUCUGCUGGCAAGGACUCACGCCCCCAAAACAAUAAUUCUAGCCUCUUGGUGCUCUUAGACCCUUUGAUGUCUACCUCUUGCUGGGCUUUCAUGGAGGACAGAACAUCCGUGUACCCCUUCCCCAGCCAAGGCCCUGGCGUUGCUGCUCUCCUCCUGGGUGGCUCUCCUCUCCCACCCUCAGACAUCUGACCUUUCACACGCGUGUCCAUCCAACUCCACAUUUCCUCUUCCUCCCAGUGCCCAGCACUUCAACUUCCCCAACCCCCUGCCCAAUACUCAGUGAAACAAUUGAAAGGGACCGAGAGGAAUGGAGUGGAGGGGGAUGGCAUGCUGCCCCACGGGCCCCAGCAAUUCAAGCAUUACUAAGCAUCCACUGUGGGCAGGGUCCUCUGUCCAUCCCUGAAAGUAGAAAGUGAGAAACAAGACCCCCUGUCCUUAGAGAGCUUGAAGCCUAAUAAGGGAGGUAUAGGAUGCAGAUAAUUCUAAUACAGGCUAAAAGGGAGGGGCACAGGAUGGCUCCAGCAAAGGCCCAGAGGACAUUUGAGGAAGCCAGUGGUGGGAAUGUGGUGUCAGUCUGCCUAUGGGGAGAGGUGUAGUUGGAGGGGGUGGGGACACGUCCUGAUCUUUGUUCCUUUCCCCCCUUUUCCUGCUGCUGCCUCGGGCUUAAGUGGCAGCUGCCUAGGAGAGCAGUGGUGGUCCCCUUCCCCUAGCACACAGCCCAUUUUAGGCAAGAGCUGGGUGAGUCCAGAGAGAAUAUUUUAGGCCAAUGUCCUGAGUGCUGUGGAGAGACUGGGCUCUGUACUUGAACCUGGUCUGAGGAGAAGAUGGCUCCUCUCCCUAGGGAGCUCCCCAUCUCCUGAGGCCCCAAGCCUUGUCUUGUCUGUUCCUGGAUUUUAAGCAAGGCAUUUCUCCAGGUCUCUGGUAGCACAUUUGUAAGCUAAAGAAAAUUUGUGGGAACAGUUAGGUGACUUCUGAACGAUUUGGAUACUGAAUCCAAGAAGGAAUUAAUGGAUCAAUGCCAAUUUGAAGGGCAUGUCCUUGGGCCACAGCAGGUCUUGGUCUUGGGCCCUGUUCUGAUGUUUUUUAAUCACUGAUGUCAAUGAAGGCACCAAAUUUCUGGGUAAUGGAAAGGAAAGAGAGGGAACUAAUAAAUGGGUGACAGAAUUAGGAUAUAGAGAGUCCCAGACAAUCUGGGGCUGGUGAUGAAAUUUGUUAGGGAUUCAUUUCUGAGACCUUCCCAGCCUGAUGGUGGCAGGGGAUGAACAGAAAGUCUUUGGUGAGUUGUGCGUCGACGGCAUAGGAUGGCUGUGAGGAUGCACUGGGCCUUGGCUGCUUGUGCAGUUGCAUCGAGAAGAAGGCUCAAGGGCAGGGUCCUGGGGAGAAGUCGAUGCCAUUGCUCCUUCGCCCUGUUACUGACCACCUCUGGUGCUGGCUCUUUCCUCUCCCAGGGGCGCGAGCCAGGCUUCGGAGGCCUGACUGUGGCUUUGGAGGGUGGAGGUGACCCACCAUCUCUCAGUGUUUUGGGACACGUGCAUAUGUAAUCCACCCACAGUAUUAACUCACACAAGUGCAGUAUUUAUAGAGUUUUUAGAGAUGAAUGUCCUUUUAGAAAUGGACAGGAAUGAAAACAGUUGUUUUACAGAUUAGCAUGGGGCAGUGGGUAAAGUGAUGUCCCAGGUCACUGGGUCAGAGGCAGGACUAGAAUCCUUCGGCCCUCACCAAAGCAAACAGUGCAUGCUGCCUUUUUUCAUGACUUGUUUUCCAGUUCAGAGAUUGGUAUUUGUGUUGAUCCAAUUUCCUCUGAACACAAACCUUGGAAGAUGGGCAGGAGACCAAUAAGUGUAUUUUGCCUUCGACCCCAUCUCCAAGAUCCCAAGCUAUCUUCAGCCUAGCCUGGCCUGGCCACUAAUUUCAGCAGGGCCUCUCCUGGUCACUGCUGGGGGAUUCUUGGCCCUGUGGAAAUAAGCCUUGAGCCGAUUACAUUGCCUUCCGGACCUCAGCAGGAAAUGUUUUUGUUUGAUCAUUUCCACUCCCACCCCCCAUCCCAGGAACCUAAAACAAUGCUCCGAAGGUCCAGGAGCUUAGGUCACUACUGGUAUCUUAACUCCAUUGGGAAGAGGCCCUGACCUGUGGCUGUGGUAGGGUCAGCCUUGUUCCAGAACUGCUAGGCUCAGGGGCUUGGAGUUGGGAGCCUUUAUUGUAAAUCCUCAGAGAGUGUUCCCAGCACUUUUCAGCUUCCUUUUUCUCAUCUACAGAAUCAGGGGGUUGGACUAGAUCCCUAAAGUCCCUUCUACCUCAUCCAAUGAUUCUCAUUAGCAAGGAGGGAAGGGACUGUGGAUCAGGCUCAAGAGGAAGUUUUCCUGAAGGCUCAUCUUUCUGGCCCCUUGGAUGCCUGCUCCCCCCUGUGCCCAGACAGCUGCCCCAUUGACGCCUUUGCCUAGAGACUCCUAUUGUUUACUACCAGCCCAGCUAAGGAAUGGAGGCUCAGGUGCUGUCAUGAGAUUUCACUUUAGCUGAACAUUUAGCGCCUUCGAUACAGGUCAGGGUUGGAGGGGUCACCUCAACUCGUUGUAUAUUGUCUGGAACUGGAUAUGAUUUUUUUUCUUCACUCCCAGAAAAGGAGGGGCAAGAAGAGCUUUGGAAUAAAAUUAUUUUUAUCUUACUUCCA